CAGGUGGCGCUGAACGCAACUCAUGUUAGCGCGUCAAGCACAGAGGAAGAACAUCAGCAAAACGCGGUAAGAAACAAACAAACAUCAUAACAGUCCUCAUAUCGGUUUGGGUCUGUGUAAUGUAAUGGCAUCCAAAAAGCCGUUAAACAUACGUAAAGUGGAGAAAACUGCUUCGAGUGACUCAAAAAAUUUAUCCACUGAAAAUGAAGCCAGCAGCGGAAAUAACAGCGGUGCAAGGAGGAAAACCAAAGCGUCGGGCACAAUUGUGAAGUCUAGGUACAUGCAGACUGAAACAAAGGCUCCUGCAAAGAGCAGCGUACAGCAGCAGUCGAUGCUGAUGCCGCCCAGACCGUCCUCUCCCAGAGUAAGCAACCCGCGAAAGCCGAGGGAGAGCGUACCGUCGAGACGUACAAUAAGCUCUCUGACAGACAAUGACUCUGCCUUGGUCACCAGCAUUCUGGAAUCCUCAAAUGUGGGAGGAAAUGUCUUCCAGUCGACUGUUUUGGAUGGUCACUGCAUACGUCCAGAUUUUGAUGUCUCCGUCAUUAAAGAUAAAGUUGUGCUGCUAAGCACAGCGGACCCCAAGGAUGAAGAAAGGGACAUGGCGAUGGAGACAUUUUUGCUGGCCUUCCUUACUGCUAAGAUUGAGCAUAAUACCCGAAAAAUGAGAGAGGAGGCUGAGAGGAAUAUUCUGGCUGUGAUGGAGAAAGAGCAGCAGUUAUCCGCUCAGGUUAAUCGCAAGAAACGGCAGUAUCUGCUGCUGGAAAAGCAGAAACAGCUCAACAGUUUACUGGACUUACAGAUCGAGGCUUUAGGUCCUGUUGCUGCUGCAGCAAACACAUUUGCAGAGGAGUACAAGUCAUUUGCCACUGCCAUUGAUGCCACGAGACACAAGCUUCCUGUGAAGAACGUGGACAUCGGAGAGGACGCAGGCCAGUUUUUAGACAAAGCUGUUGAAUGUCUGAAUCAGAGUGCACAAGUCUUGCAACACUAUACAAAGGACAUGCCCACUGACUGUGAGGCUUCAACGGAGUGUCUUAGAGAGAUGAACAAUACAGCUAAUGAAAUCAGCCAACAGUUGACAAGGACUUUUUCGGAUCUUCUGGAGGUGUCUUCUUUAGAAAGCCGGGAGACUGUUUUGAUCCAGCAGUCACUGGAGGAAGACAGGAUCGGACAGAGCACAGCCCAGACACUCUUCUGUCCCUCCACGUCAUGAUAUAAAUAUCACAUCUGUUUACAAUUAAAUAA